CGCCUUCCGCUUCCUCUCUGCCCGGGAAGAGGCGGGCGCGGCUGCGGCCAUGCAGGUCUCCAGCCUCAACGAGGUGAAGAUCUACAGCCUGAGCGCCGGCAGGAGCCUCCCGGAGUGGCUCUCUGACAGGAAGAAAAGAGCUUUGCAGAAGAAAGAUGUGGAUAUCCGUAGAAGAAUUGAACUUAUUCAAGACUUUGAAAUGCCCACUAUUAGCACAAAGAUUAAGGUAUCAAGAGAUGGACAGUAUAUUAUGGCAGUUGGAACUUACAAGCCCAGGGUUCGCUGUUUUGAUACCUAUCAGUUAUCCCAGAAAUUUGAAAGAUGCUUAGAUUCCGAAGUGGUUACAUUUGAGAUUUUAUCAGAUGAUUACUCAAAGAUUGUCUUCUUGCAGUGUGGCAGAUUUGUGGAGUUUCAUUCACAACAUGGCCAUUACUACAAGACAAGAAUACCAAAAUUUGGUAGAGAUUUCUCUUACCACUACCCAUCAUGUGACCUGUAUUUCGUAGGAGCAAGUUCUGAAGUGUACAGGCUGAAUCUGGAACAAGGAAGAUUUCUGAACUCCCUGCAAACCGAAGCUUCAGAGAGUAAUGCCUGUGACAUAAAUCCUGUCCACUUCUUGUUUGCUAUGGGGACAGCUGAGGGAAAAGUGGAAUGCUGGGAUCCUAGAACUAGAAAUCGAGUUGGGCUGUUGGACUGUGCAUUAAGCAGUGUGACAGCAGACACAGAGAUAGAAGGUUUGCCAUCCAUUUCAGCACUGAAGUUUGAUGGGGCCUUGAAUAUGGCUGUUGGAACAUCUACUGGGCAGGUCCUAUUAUAUGAUCUUCGGUCUAGUAAUCCAUUAAUAGUCAAAGAUCACCACUAUGGACUGCCUAUUAAAUCCAUUCAGUUUCAGCAUCAGCUGGAUUUAAUUAUCUCUGCGGAUUCUCGAAUCAUAAAAAUGUGGAACAAAGAUACAGGAAAGAUAUUUACUUCAAUGGAGCCAGAACAUGAUAUAAAUGAUGUCUGCCUUUAUCCAAAUUCAGGAAUGCUAAUGACUGCCAAUGAAGCCCCUAAAAUGAAUAUCUAUUAUAUACCAGUUUUAGGACCUGCCCCAAAAUGGUGUUCCUUCUUGGACAACUUGACUGAAGAACUGGAAGAGAAUCCAGAAAGCACUGUUUAUGAUGAUUACAAAUUUGUUACCAGAAAAGACCUUGAAAAUUUAGGCCUUGCUCAUCUCAUUGGAUCAUCAUUGCUCAGAGCAUACAUGCAUGGCUUCUUCAUGGACAUAAGACUUUAUCAUAAGGCAAAAAUGAUGGCCAACCCCUUUGCCUAUGAAGAAUAUAGAAGAGAGAAAAUAAGGCAGAAGAUAGAAGAAACUCGUGCACAGAGAGUUCAAUUGAAGAAACUCCCAAAAGUUAAUAAAGAACUUGCACUCAAACUGAUUGAAGAAGAAGGAGAAGAGCAACAGUUCAGUAAAAAAAGAAAACAAAAGAAUCUGCCCAGCCUUCUCAAAGAUGAUCGUUUUAAGGUCAUGUUUGAGAAUCCAGAUUUCCAGGUGGAUGAGCAGAGUGAAGAAUUUAGGCUACUUAACCCACUUGUUUCUAAAAUAAGUGAGAAAAGAAAGAGGAAGCUAAAGAUCUUAGAAGAACUGGAAGCACAAGGACAGGAAGAAGAGGAAGAACCAGAAGGAAAAGCAAGUGAUGCAGAAAGUUCUGAGAGUUCAGAUGAUGAAAAAGGCUGGGUUGAAGAGGUCAGGAAACAGCGCAAGCUUUUACGCCAAGAGGAAAAACUAAAGCGGCAGGAAAGGCUCAAGGAGGAUCAGCAAACAUUACUAAAACCUCAGUUUUUUGAGAUUAAAGAAGGAGAGGAAUUCAGAAGCUUCAAAGACUCUGCCAAAAAACAAAAAUUAAUGAAGAAAACUCUUGAAGAUCGUUUAAAGCUUGAAGAAAAACUUGGCACACUCAAUGUGUCUGAUACCACAGUAGGCAGCAAACAGGCAACAUUCAAAUUAAAGAAGUCAGAGCAGCAAAGGAAACAGCAGGAAGCUGAGAAACGACAUCGUCAGGAGAGGAAAACCCUCCGGCGCUCUGCCAGUCAUCUCAAGAGCAGACGUGGAAGAGGACGACUAUUUCAUUGAUUUAUGUUGGCUUUUUUUAAGAAACCUUUUACCUCAUUUUCAUUUGAAAAAGGGGCUUUUUCAAAUUGGGACACAGUACCAAUGGAUUUGUAUUUUGAUUCAUUGGUGAACACAAAGCCAGAACCUCCUAAACCUUGUGUUAAUUACUGAAAAGCUUAUGAAAGUUAAAGUACUGACCAAAGGACAAUAUGAAUAUGGUCCAUUGUGAACUGUAUUUGUUCAGAAAUCACCAGCAAUUGGUUAUUGUGUAACCCUGGAUGUUUUCUAUAUAAGAAUUUAG